CCCAAGCAGUUAUUGAUUUAGAAAAUACAUAACUAAAAGUACAUUUGCUGGAAGUUAAAAAAAUCUGUGGGCAAAAUGCAGGAAGUAGAGACUGAUCCAAAGCGAACUAAAAGUUACGUGGAAGAAGUAUUUCGCAAAGUGCAGGCUAAACCCGGCGUGGAAGACAUAUUGAUCAUGAAUCACUCGGGUGUGCCGGUGAAAACCUCGAUGGAUCGUCAGGACGGCUUGCAGUACGCCUGUCUAUAUGACAAUUUGCGGGAGAAGUGCCAGGCGUUCCUCUCCAAAAUGGAGCCAGCCCAAAAUUUGACUCUAUUGAGAGUUCGUACCAAAUAUCAUGAGGUGCUCAUUACACCAGAUGCCAAGAUCACCGUUUUGGUGGUUCAGAAUGCCAAGGAUACUUUUCUUAACAUAAAGGGAUAGCAUUGAUAUUAUGAUGUUUAUAAUUACCAAACAAGUAUUAAAUAAAGUUUUCAGUUGGACGAUUGCUAUUACCAACUGAAAGUCUUUGAA